AGCGGGAAAACAGGCAAGGUGUUGUCGGCCACUCCACUCACAGGACCCCGUGGAUCGCCGCCCGCGUGCCCAUGUUUUCCUUCGCUCGUCGCUAAAAGAUGAUUAUUUCUCACAAAGUCCUCACAUUUGACAACAUAACACACACAUCGCGCCGUCUCGCCUCUUAGUGAGUCCGCCGCCUGAGCCGCGCAAGUUCGAGCGUCGUCGUAGACUUUCCCCGCCGCCUGUGGUCAUGACGUCAUCGAUGGUGGUGCCGGUCAUUGAUGUCCAGCAUGACAACUUCAAAGAACUCUGGCCCGCCAUGGUGCUGGCUAUGACGUCAUCCUCUUUUCUGGCUCUCGACACGGAGCUGAGUGGUCUGGGGAACAGGACGUCGCUACUUGCUGCGUGUAUAGAAGACAGGUACAAAGCCAUAUGCCAUGCAGCUCGCUCUCGCUCCAUCCUCUCCCUGGGAAUCGCCUGCUACAAGAAACUCGCCGAGCAGUCCGCAGACACGUACCUGGUCCAGGUGUACAACCUCACCCUGCUCUGUUCAGAGGAGUACAUCAUCGAGCCCCAGUCGGUGCAGUUCCUGGUGCAGCACGGCUUCGACUUCAACAAGCAGUACGCUCACGGCAUACCCUACCACAAGGGGAAUGACAAGGGGGGCUCAGACAACCAGGGAGUUCAUAUCCGGGCUUUAUUCACGGAGAUAUUGCGUGCCAGGAAGCCCUUGGUGCUCCACAACGGCCUGAUUGACAUGGCUUUCCUGUACCAGAACUUUUAUGCACAUCUUCCAGAUCGUUUAGCCACCUUCACGGCCGACCUGUCCGAGAUGUUCCCGGCAGGCAUCUUCGACACCAAAUACGUGACAGAGUUUGACCUCCGUCUCAGCGCCUCCUACCUGGAGUACGCCUACAAGAAAUGCAAGCUGGACAACAGCCGCAACGAGUCCUCCGGUGGGACCGGCCGUCACAUCCACCUGCAGUUCUGUCAGUAUGCCGGUGCCAUGUCCCGCUAUGUGGACCAUAGGGCCUGCCCCACUGUCGCUCCUCAUCAGGUGCAGGCUGACAUCUGCCACAACUUCUCCGCGUUCGGUUGGUGUCCGAAAGGCACCGAGUGUCCCUCGUCCCACGACACAGACCUCAUCAUUCUCCACGACGAUAACUCCAGGACGGAGAAGAGGAGAAAGAGGAAGCGCCAUCAGAAGAAGAAGAAGAAAGAAGAAGAAGACCCUGCGGCACUGGAAGCUGCUCCUCGGGACAAAAAGCCUCACAUGGACUUGGAACCUGGGAAGAUGAUUGACAACUGUAAGGAUGGAGAAGACAUGAAGACUCUUAAUGAUGGAGAAGACAUGAAGACUCUUAAUGAUGGAGAAGACAUGAAAACUCUGCAUGAUGGAGAAGAAGACAUGAAGACUCUUAAUGAUGGAGAAGACAUGAAAACUCUGCAUGAUGGAGAAGAAGACAUGAAGACUCUUAAUGAUGGAGAAGACAUGAAAACUCUGCAUGAUGGAGAAGAAGACAUGAAAACUCUGCAUGAUGGAGAAGAAGACAUGAAGACUCUUAAUGAUGGAGACGCCAUGAAAACUCUGCAUGAUGGAGAAGAAGACAUGAAAACUCUGCAUGAUGGAGAAGAAGACAUGAAGACUCUUAAUGAUGGAGACGCCAUGAAAGCAGACCUCAAAGUGUGCGAGGACACCACGGAAUCGCCAAGAUGCGACAAGAAGGUGGAGUCAGGUUCCCACCGAGCAGGGUUCGAUGCCUUCAUGACGGGGUACAUCUUCGCCUACUCCUGCGCCACCGUGCAGCAGGCGGGCGGCGAGGAGGAGGAGGAGCGGGCGUGGCUCCCCGACUCCCUCAACAAGAUCUACCUGAGCGGCAAGGCGGCCCCUCUCAACAUCGUCAAGAGCACCUUCUCCAAGUCCUCCAAGGCCCACGUGCAGAAGAUGGCGCUGGUCUGGGCCAGCAAGCGGUAAGAGCGGGGGUGUCCAAACUUUUUCCCCCUGGGGGCCAUUUUGAUGUUUUUUUAUUUCCAAAACCUUACAGGUCCCGGGGAUCCAAAAGGGUCUCUGUCAUUAAAGUGUUAAAAAAGUG